GUUAUGCGGGACCAUUUGCAGAUCAAGGUUACUGAUGAACGUAGACAAGUCCACGACGAGGAUGGAUUUGCAGAUGAAGAGAGCGAUAGCGGAGGCUCUGGGCUAGAGCACGGUGACGCUUGGGCAGGGGAGAGUCAGCACUCACUCGACCUUCAGAAAGGGAGCGGGCGAGCUUUAUCGCGAGAAGCAGAGCCAGUUCUGCUAUCGAAUACCGCUUGCUUUGGCUUGAGUGCAGCAGCGAACGACGCUCAUGCGGAUAGCCGUGGUAGCCAUGUUAGGGCGCUACCAGCAAGCGACUCUGUGGCGCAAAGAAGAAACAAACUCGAUGACAUCCCGGACGAGGAAAAGCAGGGUCGUCGCAGAGCUCCAUCGACCACCUCUUCGUUUCUUUAUUACCGUAUCGGGCCGAUGUUUUGGUACGAUACCGCUCAAGACUUGUCAUCUGCGCGAGCCGCCCCUGUGCGCAGAUCCCUUGACUUGCGGAUUGCUGAUUUUGUGUCCACGACCUACCUACGAGGCCAGCGACUGGUGCCGGUGAAGAGCUUCCCAGAUGCGUAUCAGCCGGCCGGCGUUCUGGUGCAAGUUGCACAGGCUGGGUACAUUGUCUGCCUUCCCGGAAGCCUGUUCGUUUUCUUCACGUUCCUGUCACUUUGGGCAAGCAACCUGCAAACAACUGAUGACCGACGAACCACUCAGGGGCUCUCUUCAUCACCAAGAGAUGAACGUGAUGGCUCUCUGAACGAAGAUGCAAUUGUGAUGGGCGUGUUGCUCAACCUACUUCCACUGCUGCUUCUCCUGUUCGAUUCGCAUUUGAACGAGCAGCCGUUGAAGCUGCAACACUGGCUGUACUACUUGCUGUUUUUCAUGAAGUACUUGGCGUUCGUCGUGGUCUGCUUCAUUUUCGAUCUGCGCGCACCCUGCGAUUGCUGCGCGGGUUCCCCGGAGAUGGCAGCACAGUGUCGCGACCACCAGGUCUUUCCGCCUGGCUGCCGCGCGAUGAACGAGGAGGAGCAGGCGACGUACGGGG